UUUUUCUUCAGACACGUGGUAACACGGUCCUUACAAUAACAGAAACUUUUGGAAGUUGCAAAAGUUGUGCUCAGUACUGAUAGCAAUGCACGUAGUAUGUAACGGGUAGGGAUGCUUCCGAACAGUUUAUUAUGAAUAUCGAAAGGCCGCCUAAUGUGUUUGGACAAGGAAAACGAGUGACAACCUUGCUAACGGAAGAUGGGUGUCAUUUUCCUGUAAUAUCCCAUGCCCCCUAUGUAGAAAGACGUGGACAAUCGGCCCCUUUCAGUACACCUCAACUCAGAAGUUUACGUCGGCAUUCCUUGCAUAGUUCGACCUUUAUUUUGGGUGACCCGUUAUAUUCUGAUUUUAAAACAACCUCUCAACAGAACUUCAGUGGUAGUAAAAGUCUGAAUCCAGUGAGACGGCCUCCAAAAUGCCCAUCAAUGCACAAGUCCCAGGUUGUACUAGGAAAAGCUAACAAUGGUAUGAACAGUGGUGAUGGUGACUGGAAUACAAGUUAUACCAAUACCUAUUUUAAAAAAGAUAUUAUACCUGCUAACCGACUGCAUUUGAUUUCAAUGAAGAAUAAAUUAGAUCAAACUGAUGGUGCCGAUAUUAAUAAAAUUGUUUGUCCAGAUUCUUCUGUUGCUAGUUAUUGGUCGCAAUAUGGAAGAAUUCACAGUAAAUUAGGUUGUAUAUUGGGUCCUGGUGUACCACAGGGUUAUCCUAUAAGACAACAAUACAAUCUACUUACAGGUGAAUGUAAAGGUUCUGCAUGGAAAGAUAAAAAUGCUAGAAUUUCUGGAAAUAGAAUACUUCAUUCCUGUCGACAAAGGUUUUCAACCACACCAGUUAUUGGCUAAUAAACCAAAUGAUGUUCUCCUUUCUAUAAGGCAAACCACUUUCUUGUACAGAUGUUUUUUUUGACAUUAGAUGUGUUUUUAUCGAGUUUGCAAAUGUGUAUUGUAUAUGUGUGGUCGAUUUUAAUUCUAUUUUAAUAGAAUUAAAAUCGACCACACAUACAAUCACAAAUAUUCAGUUUUAUGCAAUAUUUACUAUUUUAUAUAAAUUAAAAAUGUCUUGGUCAGAUUUGUGCCUUAACACUUGUAAAUGACAGCAUUUAAGAAUAUUUUAUAACAAUUUUCAAUACAUGAAUAUACACUUAUAUUACUGAAUUAAAUAUGGAAGAUAAUUAUAUU